UCUGGCGCAUGCAGCACGAGCUGUGGGGCUGUUAGCAGCGUGGACGUGAAGAAGGAGGCUCACUGAGAGCUGAUCGUCUUUUCGUACUUUUCGAAAGUUCCACAAAGUCCGCUCCUGUUACAACCACGCGACUACACAGUGACCGACUCACACCUCGGAGUUAACCGCCGCUUGACAUGAAACUUUGGACCUGUGGGGCCAAACAACACUCGUCUCGCGGUCUCGUACACGGUGGCUAGCUAGCUGGCUAGCUAGCGGGCUAACAGCAUCUGGGAGCUACUUGGUUAGCAAGGUCCAGCCCAAAAAGUUGUUUACUUCGCCUUGUGGAUGUGGUCACCCCCAGAGUUUUUGGACACUUUUCUCUGGGAUAAGAAAGCAAGGACCAAAUAUUCACACUGGAUUUGAGAGCCAGCGCUGUUAGGGAACUAGCAGUAUGUCAAGCGAGGUCGAGAGCAGUCACUUUGACUCCGGUUUGACAGCAUUGAACUCCAGUGGGCAGCGGGACCACCAAAACAGGACUGUGCAGGCUCAGCAGGCGAGGACGAGCGCCGAGAGAGAGGAGCGCGGCUCGGAGGAAGCGAAAAGUCCACCCAGAGAUUGCCAAGAAGGCGAGCCGAGCAGCAACGCAGACUCGGCGCUUGUGGCGACCGAAGUUGUCGUGGCUCCGCCGCCCAAAGUCAACGCUUGGACCAAGAGGACGACGGGCAGAGUACUGGUGAACAACCUGUAUGACAGAGAUCAACAAAACGCUUUGAAGGUCGUCCGUGCCAACAAGCCCAGAAGCAGAAAAUCCAGCAAGUCGGGUGACUUUGGUGACAUCACCAACUGGCCGACACCCGGAGAAUUAGCCAAGGAGCAACAAAAUGUCAGCACUACCACAAACAAUGGGAAGAAGCCUCCAUCCUCUCGCCGGGACAAGGAGAAGCGGAGGGAGCAGACGGACAGGAAGUCAGAGAGCAGCCACGACGGCGGCGAGAGCAAGGAAAACCAGGAGACACCUCCGGAGCCAAUUGUAGAGACAGCCAAGGAUGCAGAGUCCAAGGCGGGACUGGAUGCUAAAAGCUACAGCCCUAAAAAGAGGGGAGGUAACAAACGUAAGUGGGUGUCUCUGCCGCUGGAGGAGGCGUCCCAGGACGACAGUGCCAAGACACCUGGCGGGGCCCCCGCGCUCUUGGAUGCUGAGCCCGGUAGCGACUCACCUGACCCGACGUCGCCCAAUCAUGCGCUGCAUAGCAACAGAGCACAUGAUGGCGGCAGGAGUUGGAGGAGGGAGCCGCGUGAUUUUGGGGACGAUGCUUCCAGCGUGAGGAGCGAUGGCAGUGUCCGCGGAGGGACCCGAGGCCGAGGCAAAGUUCGUGGUCGUGGGAGAGGUCGCGGUAGAGGUCGCUUUGAGUACUCGCAGGGUUCGAAUGUUCCCGUCUCAGAGUUCGGCACCAAUAUGGUUUACUACUAUGACGAUGGCAGCAAAGUGCAGAUGUAUACGGUGGAUGAGAAGCUCCUCAAGGAGUACAUCAAACGGCAAAUUGAGUACUACUUCAGCCUUCACAACCUAGAGCGAGACUUCUUCCUAAGGAGAAAGAUGGACGCGGAGGGCUUCCUUCCCAUCUCCCUCAUCGCCAGCUUCCACAGAGUCCAGGCGCUCACCACAGACAUCAGCCUUAUCAUGGAGGCUUUGAAGAGUAGCACAGAGGUGGAGCUGGUAAAUGAAAGAGUUCGCUGUAAAGUGGAGCCGGAGCGCUGGCCAAUCCCUGUCCCUCCCGUCGUGGGUUCUCCGCGGACAGACUUCUCUCAGCUCAUUCACUGCCCCGAAUUUGUUCCUCGCCAGGCCCUUACCUCUGUAAAUGCUGCCUCAUCAUCUGUGAAGGAGACCCCGACCGAGCCUGCAGGACCUCAGGACCCAGCAGAGUCAGACACCUCCAGCCAAGUGUCCGGCCCACUAAAAGAUGCCCCCGACGCCUGGAUCCAGGUGGAGAAACGUCAGCGACAUGCCUCCGGCAAAGCCAAGGAUCGUAGUAAAGAACCACCCACCCCUCACCACACCACCCAUGAGACCGAACCUGACCAGGAGGAGCUGGACUUUAUGUUCGAUGAGGAAAUGGAGCAGAUGGCGCCGAGGAAGAACAAAUUUUCCGACUGGUCUGACGAGGACGACUCGGACUACGAGCUGGACGACCAGGAUGUCAACAAAAUACUGAUUGUCACGCAAACCCCACCCUACAUGCGCAAACACCCUGGCGGCGACCGCACCGGAAACCACGAAUCCAGAGCCAAACUGACAGCGGACCUGGCCAAAGCCAUCAAUGAUGGCCUGUACUACUACGAGCAGGACCUGUGGAAGGGGGAGGAGCAGCUGGAGUGCAGCAAGCAGGAAGUGGAGAGCUUCAAGAAGCUUAGCGUCAUCAGCAAGGAUGAGUUUGACACACUCACACCCAAAGUGCCUGUGGACCCCAACCAGCAAGUGCCCUCCCUGCCAGUGCCCAGCGAGGCCGAAAUGGCCCGUUCGCUUCCCAAAACGGUGCCAGAAUCGCCACGUGCCUACCAACCCAGAACACCAAGGACCCCUGGACGCCAGGACCCGACCAAGGCGCCGCGCUUUUACCCUGUGAUGAAGGAGAGUGGUGCCAUCGAUGGACAGAUGCCGAGGAAGAAGAAGACCCGGCACAGUUCAAACCCACCGCAGGAGGCUCACAUCGGCUGGGUGAUGGACUCACGUGAGCACCGGCCGCGGUCUGCGUCCAUCAGCAGCUCCAACGCCUCGCCCUCAGAAGGAGCGCCACUAUCAGGAACUUACGGCUGCACCCCCCAGUCUCUGCCCAAGUUUUGGCACCCAUCUCAUGAGAUGCUGAGGGACAACGGCUUCACGCAGCAGGGCUACCACAAGUACCGCAGACGCUGCCUCAAUGAGCGGAAGCGCCUGGGCAUCGGCCAGUCUCAGGAGAUGAACACUCUGUUCCGAUUCUGGUCCUUCUUCCUGAGGGACAACUUCAACCGGAAGAUGUACGAGGAGUUCAAACAGUUUGCACUGGAGGACGCCAAAGAAAACUACAGAUACGGCCUGGAAUGCCUCUUCAGGUACUACAGCUAUGGUCUGGAAAAGAGGUUCAGGUUGGAUCUAUUCAAGGACUUCCAAGAGGAGACCCUCAGGGACUUUGAGAAAGGUCAACUGUAUGGACUGGAGAAAUUCUGGGCCUUUCUAAAGUACUCCAAGAUAAAGAAUCAGCCAAUCGACCCAAAACUGCAAGAACAUCUGUCCCAGUUCAAAAACCUGGAAGACUUCAGGGUGGUGCCCCCCAUGGGAGAGGAAGGAGGCCGGAGGAGACGGCAUUCGUCCUCGGCUGGGGACGAGGGAAGGCGGCGGCGCCAUCCCUCCAACACUACCUCAAAGCCCGCCCAGGCCUCCUCCAAGGCGUCGCAACAGAACUCAGCCAAAGAAGGAGGAGCCCAGAAAGCCACCUCAGCGCCCACCCAGGCCAAGAAGGCAGAGCCCAAAGGGGCGAAGAAAGGAAGCGGCACAUCGACCGAAUGAAGGCCGCUCCUCUCUGAGGGGUUUGCGUUAAAGACGGGUGGAGGGUUGAGGCAGCAGCAGCAGCGUCACCCACUGGUUUAAAGGACGGACUGAGCACGUUGACCUGACAUGUUCUUAGCAGCAUUUCACUUAAAGCAGCCAGCUUAAUUCUAAAGUUUACAACAUAAAUGCAUUCCCUGCAUUGUCACCCUCACAGGCCAAACUCUUCAAUAACAAUCUGCAAGCAACUCGUAAAGAGUGCCAAGAUGGUCAUUGUCCUGUGCCUUACUAUGCCUGGCCUCGUCCUUUAAAAAAAAAAUUGGGUGAAGUUCUCGUUAAAACUUCAACAGUUUUAAUUUAGAUAAUCACGUUCACAGUUUGAAGCAGCUCCCACUUUUAAACAGUUAUUUUUAAUUCUAACACAUUUUCAAGAAGCUUUAAAGUCCCAUUUGACAUAAUUUAUUGUUGUCCUUUUAUUCUCCAUUGAUUUGAUUGAUGGCAUUGUCUUAGGAAAUGAUCGCAAUCUUAAUGGCUUUCUAAUUUCUGCAGGAACUAUGGGUUCGAGCUAGCCGCAUUAAACUACUUUUUUGGUCAAAGUUUACUUUUAUUAUGCUUGAUGCUUGGUGCUUUUAUAGCACUUUAAUUGGUAACUUUUCCUUAUUUGCUCAAUGGACAUAAUUGAGGUUUUACAGUUGAAUGAAAAAAAUGUAAAUAAUACUAUAAAAAAUCAUUUGCUAUAUUCAAUUAUUGUUUUGAUUUUAAGGUUGUGAUUUAUUGGUAGUGUGGUUUUGAGUGUUUUAGGAUGAAGUCGUGCAUGUUGAGACUUGGAAAUAUACUGUAAAAAUGCCCAAAAAAAUAAAAAUUGAUUGU